CAUUCUUUAGCAUCUAAACCUGUGUGGCUACAGACACAUAGAGUGGCAUCAUGGCUUUAGCACUUUGCCAGUGUUUGGGGUUCUUUCUUGCAGCUAUUGGUGUGGGUGGCAUAUUGGCAGCCACUGCAAUGAAUCAAUGGAGCACUCAGGACCUGUACAAUAACCCAGUGACCGAGACAUUCAAUUUCCAGGGUUUAUGGCAAAGUUGUGUUACAGAUAGCUCUGGUUAUACUGAAUGCCGUUCAUAUUUCACUAUCCUCGGAUUACCUGCUAUGUUCCAGGCAGUCAGAGCUUUGAUGAUUGUAGGAAUUGUACUUGGGGCAAUCGGUUUACUCAUUUCCAUAUUUGCGCUAAAAUGUAUCAGGAUUGGAAGCAUGGAAGACUCUGCCAAAGCCAAUAUCACCCUGACAUCUGGAGUAAUGUUCAUUGUUGCAGGUCUUUGCUCCAUAAUUGGGGUAUCUGUCUUUGCCAAUAUGCUGGUGACCAAUUUCUGGAUGACUACCAGUAGCAUGUAUACAGGUGGAGCCAUCAGUGGCAUGGGAGGUAUGGGAGGUCUGCAGACCCUUCAGACAAGAUACACCUUUGGUUCUGCUCUGUUUGUUGGAUGGGUUGCUGGUGGUGUUACAUUAAUUGGUGGAGUCAUGAUGUGCAUAGCAUGUCGAGGUCUAAUGCCUGAAGAAACCACUUACAAACCCGUUUCCUACCAUGUGUCUGCCAAAAGUGCGGGCUACAAGACACCAGCUUAUGAAGACAAGAGCAAGAAAUCAAUUUACAAUGAGUCUCGGCGCAGCGAGGAUGGCAAGAGCUACCCUUCAAAAUAUGAUUAUGUGUAAC